AUGGUGGCCCGUUUCCGGACUAUUGACUUACAAACAUUAUUGAGAGCUUUUGGUCGAAGUACAGCAGGACGAAAAUCUGAAUUAAAAGAUCGGGCACUUGAAUUAUUAAGAGCUAUAUUACCUGGCUUUAAUCACGCGGAAUAUGUAUCAAAAAUACAUGAAAUAUAUUGUUCCAUGCUAACAGAUAUGCCUAAUAAUAACGCUAUUAUGAGUCACAGCUUAUUACAAACCCAACAGAGACAAAUGAUGGGGCAGAUACAAAUCCCACAACAAAGAAUGUACGAACCUGCCCCACAAUAUCCUCAACAGCCAAUGCAUAUGACCCAAGUUGGAUUACCUACCACAGUUUAUGUCCCAAAUUCAAAGAGGCAUUUAUAUUAUCAGCCUUCUGGACCUCGUUCUAUUACGUCAUCUCAUUUGUCCUCAAGUCAGCAAAUGAAUGUGGUGUCACAAGAUCCAUUGGGAUAUGAUAUGCAAGGAAUGACAUUUAAAAAGUUACCAUUUUAUGAGGUAAUUGACGUAGUUCUUAAGGCAACUUUUCUAGCUGGCACGGACAAAUGUACAAAAGAAUCGCUAUUCAAACUUUUUGUGUCACGCGAGGCCAUCAAUAUUGUAGCCGGGAGUCGUGAUGUUUCUCCGGGGAAGCAAGAUUAUUCCUACCAGUUCCAGACUCGAAUUAGUCAUUUAGUGGAACCUAUGAGUAAUGAGGUAAUAGAUUUUAUGCCUCUUGGACUUAGGAGUUCAGAAGAGACCAAAAUUUAUAUAAUUAAAAAGAUAGCAGAUGUCGAUCCAGAUUUGGCCACUACAUCUUAUCGAUUUUCCUUGGUGUGUCCAUUGGGUAAAAUUAGAAUGAAGAUACCUGCAAAAUCUAUACAUUGUGAUAAUUUACAAUGUUUUGAUGCUAAAAAUUAUUUUUUGGAAUUUGUUUCAAAUCCAACACUCAAAGACUGCAGUAAGGAAAUUGAAUUUUUAGCUGAUGGCACAUGGACAGCUUAUGAAGAAAAUAAAGAGACAAAUAGUACUUUUGAUGCAAAAUUAAAACCUAUUGACUCUGUGAAUUUAGAUAGCGAUGAAGAAAAAUCUGUUGAUAUAAACAUAGAACUUAACUUUAAAACUAUCAAAUGCCAAGAAAAUUUAAGGUUUGUCGAUUUGACAUUAAGUGACAAUGAAGAAGAACCAUCAAAAGAAAAAUAUAAAUAG